AAUCAGGAUCUAUUAGUUUGGAUUGGUGGGUGCAUGCAUUUUGUCGGUUUUCCUAGAAAAUGUUGUUUGGACCAGAAGACACGCUGGAAUUUGGGGUUUGUUCUAGGCCUUUGAUCUUAUUCAAUUUUUGUUUGUUCUUUAAUGGAAUUAUCAGGGACCCAUUUUGAUGUUGGAAUUCAAAAGUGAGGGUUGAUAAUUACAAGGAUCUGAUCAGGAUUUGGGAAAUUUUGAUGGGGAACGCUUGUGUAGGAGUAGUAGGACCAAGUAAUGUUGGUGGUGCGACUGGAUUUUUUCAAUCUGUCACACAGGCGGUCUGGCGGCCAAGGCCGGCCAUCGAGGACCCGUUGCUGGCGGCUAAUGACGAUAACAGCAACAAAACCAUUGAAGGAAAUGUGGUUAAGAUCCCAGAUGAGGAAUCCAAGAAUGAUGAACCGAGUAAGCCGAAACCCCAAAGGCCAAAACACAUGAAAAGGCUAUCAACCAUGCAACUGGAGUCAGUGCUAGGAAGGAAAACUGGGAAUAUGAAAGAGUUAUAUAGCUUGGGGCGUAAGUUAGGGCAAGGACAGUUCGGAACGACGUAUUUGUGUGUCGAGAAAGGCACCGGGAAAGAGUUUGCUGGAAAAUCCAUUGCCAAGAGGAAGCUGACCUCACCCACCGAUCUGGAUGACGUUAGAAGGGAAAUUCAUAUAAUGCACCAUCUAGCAGGUCACCCAAAUGUGAUACAAAUCAUUGGUGCUUAUGAAGAUGCUGUGGCUGUUUAUGUUGUUAUGGAGCUUUGUGCUGGUGGGGAGCUUUUCGAUAGAAUUAUUCAAAGAGGGCAUUAUACCGAGAGAAAGGCUGCUGCACUUGCCAGGAUAAUGAUUGGCGUUGUGCAAGCUUGCCAUUCUCUUGGUGUUAUGCAUCGUGACCUCAAGCCCGAAAAUUUCCUAUUCGUUAACAAGGAAGAGGAGGCACCACUAAAAACAAUAGACUUCGGGCUGUCAAUGUUUUUCAAGCCAGGUCAAAUAUUCAAUGAGGUGGUCGGAAGUCCCUAUUAUGUGGCUCCAGAAGUGUUGCUGAAGCACUAUGGUCCGGAAUGUGAUGUUUGGAGUGCUGGAGUGAUCAUUUAUAUUUUACUUUGUGGAGUUCCCCCAUUCUGGGAUGAAACAGAGCAAGGGGUAUUUAACCAGAUUUUGAGAGGUCAACCUGACUUUACCACAGAACCGUGGCCUAGUGUCUCUAACAGUGCAAAGGACUUGGUUAAACGAAUGCUUGUGAAGGACCCUAAAAAGCGACUGACAGCCUAUGAAUGUCUUUGUCACCCUUGGGUUCAGGAGGAUGGUCUUGCUCCAGAUAAACCUCUCGAUUCUGCUGUCCUGUCCCGUUUGAAGCAAUUUUCUGCAAUGAACAAGCUGAAGAAAAUUGCCAUCAGAGUCAUCGCUGAUAGUCUAUCAGAAGAGGAAAUUGCAGGCCUGAAAGAAAUGUUUAAGAUGAUAGAUGCAGAUAAUAGUGGACAGAUCACCCUUGAGGAACUGAAAAUUGGUUUGGAAAAAGUUGGUUCUAAUCUCAAGGAUUCCGAGAUUAACGGGUUAAUGCAAGCGGCAGAUAUUGAUAACAGUGGUACCAUAGACUAUAGCGAGUUCAUUGCGGCCAUGCUUCACCUAAACAAAAUUCAAAAAGAGGAUCAUCUGUUUGCAGCUUUUAACUACUUCGACAAAGAUGGGAGUGGCUACAUCACUCCAGAUGAGCUCCAACAGGCCUGCGAGCAGUUUGGCUUGCAUGAUGUUCACUUGGAAGAUGUAAUACGCGAAGUCGACCAGGAUAAUGAUGGGCGUAUCGAUUACAGCGAGUUUGUGGCUAUGAUGCAAGACACAGGUUUAGCAAUAAAUCGCAAAACCUUCAAGUACUGAUACACCAUCUUGCUAUGGUGAGACUCCUUAAUCCAUAUUUCUUU